UGAUUAUUAGUUGGUCGCUGGCCGUAACAACCGACGGAUAAAUCGCAUCGAAAAUAGUUUUAUUCAAAAUAUUUGAAUUCAGUAAUUGUGUUUCAAAUAAAAUAAAACAAUUUUAUCGACUUUGAACGCAUUGCGUUUGGUUGUCCUAGAAGGAAUUUCAAGCAAAGCUAGAUUUUUGUGUUGCGUUCGAAUUCCGGAAGGCCAUUCAUCAAACGUUUGCCUAUUGUAUCCACAAGGAACUUUUGCCAGGAGAACUUUUCAAAGUCACAUAGUCGCAAUGGUGAACCCAACUAUUUACGAUGAAAAUCCAAAUUUUAAGAUUGAAUUCAUUUUCGCGUUUAAAUUGUAUAAUGUUAAAGCAGAUAUGAAUUGCACUGGUGUUGAUUGCAAACGAAGGCCAAACGAAUACCCUCAAAAGAUGGCAGCCCAGGCAGAUUCUCAAUUGGAGCACAUGUGUCGCCUCGAAUUCGAUGCUCCUGUUUCGCAAAUUCGCUUGUCAGGUAUUAUCUGUACCAUUGGACCGGCUUCAGUCAGCGUCCCUAUGUUAGAGAAGAUGAUGGCUACCGGCAUGAACAUUGCCCGCAUGAACUUUUCCCAUGGGUCACACGAAUACCAUGCCGAAACUGUAAAGAACGUACGCCAGGCCGCAGCGAACUACUCACAAAAGGUUGGCUAUGAAUAUCCAGUUGCUAUUGCCUUGGAUACAAAAGGUCCUGAAAUCCGUACCGGUUUGAUCGAAGGAAGCGGUACUGCAGAAGUUGAGUUGAAAAAGAAUGAAACCAUUAAGCUUUCUACUAACAAGCAGUACGCCGAAAAAGGCAACAAGGAUGUUAUCUAUGUUGACUAUGAAAAUAUUGUAAAGGUGGUCAAGCCCGGCAAUCGUGUGUAUGUCGAUGACGGUUUGAUAUCUCUAAUUGUUAAGGAGGUGUCUGGUGACACGUUGACCUGCGAAAUUGAGAAUGGUGGUGUUUUGGGCUCUCGCAAGGGUGUUAAUUUGCCCGGAGUCCCUGUAGACUUGCCCGCCGUGUCGGAAAAGGAUAAAUCUGAUCUUAAGUUUGGCGUUGAACAGGGCGUUGAUAUGAUUUUCGCCUCAUUCAUUCGCAACGCUGCAGCUUUGGCCGAAAUCAGAAGUGUAUUGGGAGAAGCCGGAAAAAAUAUAAAAAUCAUCUCUAAAAUUGAGAAUCAACAAGGCAUGCAUAACUUGGAUGAAAUUAUUGCUGCUUCUGACGGUAUCAUGGUGGCUCGCGGUGAUUUGGGCAUCGAAAUUCCACCCGAGAAGGUGUUCUUGGCACAAAAGGCCAUCAUUUCACGUUGUAAUAGGGCCGGUAAACCUGUCAUCUGUGCCACUCAAAUGCUCGAAUCUAUGAUCAAGAAGCCUCGACCAACUCGUGCUGAAAUUUCAGAUGUUGCUAACGCUAUCCUCGAUGGUGCUGAUUGCGUUAUGUUGUCUGGCGAAACAGCCAAGGGUGAAUAUCCCUUGGAAUGUGUUUUAACCAUGGCCAAGACCUGCAAGGAAGCCGAAGCUGCCUUGUGGCACCGAAAUCUAUUCAAUGACCUGGUUCGUGCCAAUCAGUCAUGCACUCUGGAUGCUGCCCACGCCACCGCUAUUGCCGCUGUAGAAGCAGCAAAUAAAGCCUUGGCUGCCGCUAUUGUCGUCAUCACUACCACUGGCAAAUCGGCUUAUCUCAUUAGUAAAUAUCGUCCCAGAUGUCCCAUUAUAGCUGUAACUCGUUAUUCGCAGACCGCUAGACAAGCCCAUUUGUACAGAGGUUUGGUUCCAUUGGUAUACAAGGAUGCUCCACUUGGGGACUGGUUGAAGGAUGUCGAUGUACGUGUCCAAUUCGGUGUGCAAGUCGGCAAAAAGAAUGGCUUCAUCAAAUCCGGAGAUCAAGUAGUCAUUGUUACAGGCUGGAAACAAGGUGCUGGAUUCACCAAUACCAUGCGCAUCGUACCUGUCGAAUAAACUAAACCUUCAACCACGCAGACAUUUCCGAAUGGAGUUCGGAAUAUUCGCUUAAAUGCAACAACUAAUUAAAAUACGUUCUGGCACAUCUGUAUAGAUUAAAUUAUUUCCCAUUAUUAUGUAUUUGUAGUCUGAACAUAGAUCUGUUAAUAAAGUAAAAACAGUUCAGUUAUGUAUAAACAAUAAAAUAUAAUCAGUAUUCUCAUCUGAA